AUGGUAGUGGAUAAAGAAUAGUUGAAGUGGAAAGUUCCUUGUUUUUCACAAUUUUUCUCAGAAUUGCUUUGUUUUUCUUGAUGAGGGGGAAUGCACGGAGAAUGUGAGGGUACAUGUAUUUAGCUUAGCCCAGCUGAGCGAAGAUGUAAUUUACAUGUAUGGGACAACUGGUCUUAACACACAGAUCUGUACAGGGUAAUGUUACGUGUAAUGGUGGUUGUUUAUUUCAGCUGAUUUAGCCAAAAAUAAUGGAAAGAAACGUUUUAAACCUCGGCUCCGUGUAUGGAGUGCACUGUUGUAAAGCAAUAAAUGGACAAUGUAUUCUCUGAGGAGACGUUUAAGUCAGAGAUGGCAUCGAACAGACAACGAGGCCGCGGUCGCCGAAUCUUGUCAGAAUGAGAAUGUCGAAGAAGCCUCGCUCGCUUCGCAGGCAACUGCGCUUUUACCCCAAACAGAAAGUACUAGUCGAGCGGUGGAGGACUACAGUACAGAGGAGCUACACUUUAUAGUAGACUAUGUCGGCUCUGCACAGAUAUCUGAGGCGAAAUCUGUGACACGAAUGAUGGAAACCUUAAAGAGGAUUAAAAAACAACAGAUACGAAGUAUCCGAGUUGAUUUCAUAAUACGGGACGGGAUUCUUUUAGUAUCUAGCAUGGAUUCUAAAUCCUUAAUCCUUACAGCACCGCUUUAUGCUAUCGCGUUGUGUGUGCAAGAGCAGCUUCGGGGAUUCGAUAGUACUUUUGGCUUGAAUAUCACGCGAAAGAAAACUCAUAUGUGUCACGUUUUUCAAGCAGGAUCACAACUGGAGGCUGCUAGUAUUGUAAGAACUGUGGCUCUCGCAUUCAAAGCCAUAGGCAAACUAACCAGAGAAAAAGUUGAAAGGGAAUCACGAAGGGCUAGAAGAGCUUACUCUAUCAGUAGUUCUGAGCGAACUCGCACUAACUCUGAAGUCUCAACGACUUCUACAAUUGGUAGUUCAUCUCUGGAACAUAGACAUCCUCAUGUAAAGUGGAAACAUGGCGUUGAAAGUUCCUCUGGUCGAAGAUCUCCUCACGGGAAGAAAUAUACCAAAAGUUCCACCAGUCCUUCCAUUCUUCGACAUCCCACCAGUACCCACACUUCUGGACGGCAUGUUGAAUUUUCUGCAUUGUCCCCUGUGCCUUCUGAUGGUAGUGACAGUGAUGGUAAGGAAGGGUCUGCCCUACAAGCAAAACAACCUCUUCUCAAUGGCCAAAUUUCUGUUCAAGCUGAUAUACAUGGAUACUCAUCUAUUGAGGCUUCAGAACCUCCCAUAUGGGUGAAAAGAGCAGAGCCAAUUAGAAGGACUAGUUUGUCUGAUAUGGAGAAUGAGUCAACUAAGGCUAGUUCUCUCAAACAUGAACAAACUAUGAGAUUUAAUUGCGCAGAAGAAAUGCAGCCUCAGUUCCACUCAGAGCCUAUUGUUGGAACAGAGUAUUCACCCCCUAUACUUUCCCCAUCAAUAGAUCAAAAGAGUAAUUUUUCAGGUAAUGUUACUGUGGAAGGAAAAACAAGAAAAAGCAGGAAGCUUGAACAUCAGGAGGUCCCAUCAAAGGAGAAGAUUCAAAGAGAACAUGACCUCAUGGGUCAGCAUGAAAAGGAAGUUGCCACAGAAAACUUUGUUGUGCCUUGGACAAGUUCUCUCCUUCCAAAUGAGUCCUUUCAAAAGGAAGCUGUCAAUUCUCCUGAUCGUCUAUUGUCAAACUUUGUUAAAUACAGGGGGAAUCAACCCCAAGACAUGUCCUUUCCCUUGUCUGAUAGCGAAGGACCAGAAGAUCUUGAUGCAAUCCGUGAUGCAAUAGCUGCAGUGCAAAAAGGGGAAACAACGGUGGUCGAGAAGUUUAUUGACAAUGGCAUAUCUGUGGAUUCACAUGACUCAGCCAGGAGAAGUUUAUUGUACUAUGCUGUGUCGCUGGGUGAAGUAGAGAUGUCGCAAUUUCUUUUGAAGAGGGGUGCUGAUAUAAAUUGGGAAGGACCAGAUGAUAAGUCUCCUUUACAUGUUGCAGCAACGGCAGGAAACAGAGCUGUUACUCAGUUACUUCUUGGUUAUGGAGCAAAUGUCAGAGCUAAAGACAACAACUUUUGUACACCACUUCACAUGUCAGCUGGACACAGGGGCAAGUUGGAAGUGUCCUUCCUUCUGGUUGAGCAUGGAGCAAGAAUCUUUGAGAAUAAUAUCCAUGGAGUGCGACCAGUUGACCUAGAACCGGAGCUAAAAGAGAUGCAGAGACUCCUUGUGCAGUCAGCCUGUGAGGCUUUUGCUGCAGCAGACAUUACCAAGUCACGAUCAAAUUCAGGAGCUUCGUCCAUCAACCAAGGUUCAGUCAGCUCAAAUGUAAGAUCCAAGGCUGGUGUACAGUCACCAGCCACUGAAAGGGUAUCUGCUUUGCGAAGAGGACUAUUCCAACACAGAAGAUCUUCCAGUUUGUGCUCAAUAUUGGGUGGGCGUGGAAGUCCAGAGACUGGGAGAGGAAAGCAAUUUAUCAAGAGAUCAGAAAGCAUUCAUAUUGCCCGAACUCUGAGUCCUCGGCUUGCCAAUUCUAGAAGAGGAAACCUUAUGCGCAUGCAUAGUUUUCACAAAACAACACAAGAUCAGUUGCAGACUGCAGAUGUAUAUGCAGAUCAGAAAAAUUCUGUAGAGCAGCAGCAUGCUGUCAAACAAACUGACUCAUUGUUGGAAGGAGAAAGCAUCAAAAAAGACAUUCCACACAACAAAGCAGUCACAGAAUCAACUGGGGAACCAAAGGAGACUUGCAUCUCAUCUGUUAACACGAUAGAUGGACAUAUUGCAAACACAGAAGAACAAAACAUGGAUUCUGCUUUGAAGCUUGAAACUCCUGUUGAAACACUUGAGCAGAAUACAACUGUAAUAACAAUGAACCAAUUUCAGACAGAUGUUGUAAGUUCUGAUUCUCAACCAAGUCCCUUAAAGCAGUCAUCUGACAUGACUGGAUCAAGUGAGCCCUUGCAUGCCUCACCUGAGGCCAGUCUUCUGUCUCCUUUCAUUCCAAAGAAAUAUUCCAAUGAAAAAAACAGACCUGUGUUAGAUCUCAUUCAAUUUGGGGAAGACCCAGAGGCUGUUAAAGCUAAAGUGGAAAUGAAUAAAGAUGUUGUUGGCAAUACUCUACCUUCAGAAGAAGUUCAGCAUGCAGAGGAAACUGGGGAAGCAAAAGGAUUAGAAAGACAGCUUUCAAAUGCAAGGCAACCUAGUAUGGAGUCAGAUCAGUCUGUGAGCUGUCAGAGGAGCACAUCUGAAUGUGAGGAUAGCUCCUUUAUAAGCACUGGCUCCAACUACAUGCGAGAUAUUGAUCCUUUAAUAGAAGCUCUUGAACCAGUGGUCCUUCUGUCAGGCAAUCCUGAGUGUCACUCCAGUUUACUGGCUUAUUUAUGUCUUCCUAAAGCAUCUGGUCAGCUCAUUGGGUUAGCACACAUGGAUGCUGGCUCAUCUCUGAUUAACAACCACAUUGCAGUGCUGAUUGGCAAUCUUUUUAAUCUGGAAGGGGCAGACAGUCGUAAGAGAUCAGUUGAGGCUGGACUCAUUGAGACAGUUUUGAAAUUAGUAGACAGUCCUGAACCCAUUCAGAGCACGUGUUUGUCAAUUUUACAAAGUAUCCUGGACUUCAACAACGAUCAAGAAUUCUCCACAGCCCUGAAGACUAUUCCUCUAGAGCCUCUGCUCAACUUAUUGCAGAUCAGUGAUGUUGACAGUGGUGCAUUUGACUUGCGUCAGACAGACUCACCCCCUCCCUUUACCCCAGCUGGUCAUGAAAGGCCAAGAUAUCGCAAGAGAAGUACUUGCAGUCAGAGUUCUUGUGAUGAGAGAGCAAGAGAAAUGUCUCCGACAGUCCACAGAGGCUCUGUACAGAGAAACAACUCUGGAGCAUCAGAUGCACGAUCUGACUUAUGGCCACAACAUGGCAGCUAUAUGCUGCAGAAGAAGAACAGCAUAUGCAGUAUGGGAAGUUCAGCUGAUGGAGAUCAUUCAUUCCCUCUCUACAGCCCUGGAUUUGGUCAUAAUCACCUUCCGUUAAUGGAUCUGCAUUCCAAGACGAUGCCUAGAGUAGUUGCCACUAAAAUGCUGUCAGCCAGCAGUAUUCAUCCAAAAAUGCAGAUGGAACUUGGCAAGACAAGGCCACUUUCCUUACUUCUGGACACGCUGACAGACAGUAACCCUGAAAUUGUGAUCUAUUGUGUUGCAACAAUAGCAAACAUUGCAAUGAGUGUGGACAAUCACAUGCAGAUUGAUUUGGCUGGAGGUGUUGAUGGCCUCAAGCAAAUGUUGAACUAUGGAGAUGCAAGAGUACGAUAUCAUGCUGCUCGUGGCUUAAUUUAUCUUGGUUACAUUGGUGUCGGAGGAGUUUAUCUCUUUAAACGUGUCCCAGGUGAUGAAAAGCUUGACGUGUUGUUCUCAGAGUCAACCACUGGAGAGGAGCACCUCUAUGUCAGAGGAGCAACAGUGGAGAAAAUUGUGGAGAUCGUCACCCAUAAUCCGUCCCUCUUGUGGGGUGGUUUGACCUUACCACACUGGUCUGGACGCUCAAAGAAACAUUCUUGGUACAAGUCCAGCAGCUCUGGAAACAAACACAUGCCUAGUGAUGACCAGAUCGUAGAUUUUUUGCUGACAACUUACAAGAGCUAUGUGCAUCCUUCCAUUUUUAUGAGAUUGCUGCUUCAUAGAUUUCAUGACCCCUGGUUUGGCAAGUACUUUGAUGGAGACCCAUCCACUGGGCAGAUGCAGGACUACAGUCCACUUCCUGUUUUGCACAUUCAUUUGAUGAGAUUAUGGACAGCCUGGCUCGAAAAAUGUCCGGAAGAGUUUGUCAGUAAUCCAGUCAUGGCAUCCGAGCUGAGCGAAGUUAUACUUCCCUUAAGACAAGCUGGUGGUCCGUACCUUCCAUGUGCAGAAAUCCUGGCAGAUCUUAUUGAGAGCUUGAUGGAAAGAGCUGAAAAGAAGCACCAUCGGGACAGGUUCCAGGCAAACCAUUGUCACCAUGCGAUUCUUUAUGAACAGUGUCAAAAAGCGGUCGUUAGUGGAAGCAUGCCUUGUUCGGUUGAGGAUUCUAUUCACCUAAGCGCCCUACAAUUGUAUAUUGAGGAUCUUCUUCCAGUGGAAGUGCGGGGAAAGCCACGCCUCUUUUCAUCUUCCAGCAGAGAGAAGUUGUCAGUUUCUCGUAUCAAGUUGAGUUUGCAUCCAUCCAUGUACAAAGUAAAGAAUAUGGGUAAAAGGAUCAAGGCUCAGUAUGAACAGUUUGUGAACAGCGGCAUGUCAGAGAGGAAUGCUAAACACAAUUAUAUCGACUACUGUCAGGCUCUGCCUGGUUACGGCUGCCACUUUUACAAGCUGAAGGAAUGCGUGGGAACUGUCAACCCCAAGGGGGUUCCUGUAAGAUGCUACUUAGGGAUCAGUCCUAGGAGGAUCACAAUUUUGGACGAGAAAACAAAGGCUGUUAUUGGGACGUGGCAAUCCAAGGAACUGAAAAGAUGGCGGUCUUUGGCAGACGACACUAGACUCCGCUUGGAAUUCAUCGACAAGACGUUCGAAUUUGUGUUGGAAAACAAAGGGGUUUUCAAAGAAAUCAAUGAUGCGCUUCUGCUGUGCACUAAAGUUGAGUUACAGAUCCUUGCAGGGCAGGAUUUUUCACCAUGGAGUAAAUACGCUGAGGAAACUGAAAUGUGGGGACAACAGGCCUUGGAAGCUGUUGCUCGCAAACCUGCAUUUUACUCGGAUAAGUAUGAAAGUGACUCAGGAAUGGUCUCCAGAUUAAGAGCCAUCUCCCUAGCUUCUUCUGUUCCUGAUCAGUACGCAGCUAAAGUGAGAAGGCAACUGUCCACUCAAGCGAAGCUGUCUUCGUCUGCGCCGUAUCAGCAAGGAGCGUUACAGCAAAAAUGUGACCGAGGCGAUGUCGUGGCUCUGAAGACUGGUGCCGAGGCUGUUCUGCCCACCACAGGAGCAGCUAUUUCAUCGGCUGGCAGCCCUGGCAACGUAUCAGUGGGGUCCCAUACAUCCGAGGACCUUCUUUUAGGCUCCUUACAGAGCACUUUAGAUCCAAAUAAGUGCUCUUGGGAGCCAGGGUCGAUCCCGACAAGCGAUCAGAGGAGGCCGUCAAGAAGCAGUGAAGCAAGUGUAGAUAACUCCAGUUCGCCGACAGAACGCCACGCUCUCGACUCCUCGGGCUCUUUCCCCGUGGGACAAGACUUAAAAAAUUUGGCAUCCAGCGAUCGGCGCCUCAAGUACAUAGCAAAUAGUAAUUCCUCUUCACUGGGGAGUGAUUCACCCAGUUCAGGACAAACCACGCCGACUUACAAGGGACCGUUUAGUUCGACGCUACGCGAUGAUGAUGAUUUUGAAAGUGUAAAUCGAUCUUUCGGUCAGAGUUCUAAUGGACAGUUGUUGAUUUGUCAAUGCCCACCAGACGCUGAGUUACCGGGAUUUGAUCGGAGAGACUUCUCGCCUUAUGACUUGCUUCAACAUCCCAAAGAGUUGGCACGACAAAUAACACUUAUUGACCACGAGUAUUUCUGUGCGGUGACGUCAGCUGAUAUUCAAAGGAAGAUUGCCAUAGGAACGGGAAAGAAACGGAAGGUACCACCUGAAGAAAAACUAUCUGUGGAGAAAGUUGCUGACAGAUUCAAUCAGCUGAGUACCUGGGUAGCAGCCACGAUUGUCACAGAAAAAUCAGUGGAGAAGCGUGCCGCCAUGUUCAUUAAUUUCAUCGAAACUGCCAAGCUUUGUUUGGAGUUGAGAAACUUUAACGCCGUAAUGGCUAUUAUUGUGGCGGCUCUGGGUAGUGCACCUGUGAGAAGACUGCACAAAACCAAAGAGCUCGUUCCCAAAGAAGUCCUUGAGCAGUAUGCCAAGAUGGAAAUACUUAUGGAUACAAAAGAUAACUAUAAAAGAUAUCGACAAGCCCUUGGCUCUUCUCCAACUCCUUCAGUUCCAUACUUUGGUGUUUAUAUGAAAGAUCUGACCUUCAUUGCUGAAGGAAAUCCCGACUUUUUUAAAGGUGGUCUGAUUAAUCUGACAAAACGAAGACAGAUUUACCUUGUGAUCGAUGAAAUAAGACGUUUCCAGAAGGAUGUUUAUAAUUUUCAGGAGGUGUCUGAGAUUCGAGACUACCUCGCCAACGAGAAGAUUCACACGGAGAAAGAGCUGUAUGAUAUCUCGUGCCAAUUCGAGCCAGGCCUCCCUCGGAGACAUUCUGAAGCCGACAAAUCCUCCACAUCGCGCCCAGUGCCACAGUUCAAGUCGAACACAGUCGGCCGUAUGGCGGGAAAGAGAUGCAUGAGUCUUUCCCGGAGCUCAACGACCUUGGAAACUGCCAUGCCGGAUUCAACAUGUUAACGUCACACUGACGUCAAUAAAUUUUUGACGUCACUAAAGCUUUAAAGUAUGAAAGUUGUGCUGAUGUGAAAGAAAAGAUUUAUCGAUAGUAAUUGAUCAGAUUUGAUUUUAAUUUAUCCAAACCUUUUGACAAAGGGAACGGCACAUGUAAAAAUUAACAUUGAAGUCUUGCUUUGUUUCUUGGAACAAUUUCAGUGCGAGAUGCCAACUUCUUUUGUCCCAUAGAGGUGUAUACAUUGUUAUGAAGUUUAUAUGUUGUAAAUAUUCUUACCGAGGUACAAUUGAAGUUUACAUGAUGAUUUUAUAAAGCUAUUUUCAUGGACCUUGAACGGUGUUUAUAGUACCGUUGAAAAUUUACAUUCCCAGCGUCUUCUUAGCCUAACACAAGGCUUCAUCUUACGUCUUUACUGCCAUAUUCUCUCCUAAUAUUUGAGUCUCAGAGGCUCGGUAACCUUCAUGCUCUGAAUAAAUUGCUGUAUUUACAGUAAACAUUAAAGAUGGACUGUCAGUAAUCCCACUCAAAAUUGUCUUGCGUCUUUACUGCCAUAUUCUCUCCCAAUGUUUGAGUUUCGGAGGCUCGGUAACCU